GCACUGGUCUUCUUUGAUCAGUUACAUUUUCAUUUGUACUAGUUCUUGUAACAAGAGUGCAAAACUGAGUUUGAACUUUAGUCUGUUCUUGACAAAAGAGCUUCAACACAAAAAGUAAAAUGGCUCAAUCAAGAGAACUUGGCAAGGUGUUUAAUGAUUCCAUCCAUGGUCAUGUGGAGUUACAUCCAUUUCUUGUUAAAAUCAUUGACACGCCUCAGUUCCAACGACUGCGAAACAUCAAGCAGCUCGGCGGGGGAUAUCUAGUUUACCCAGGAGCUUCACACAAUCGCUUUGAACAUUCAAUUGGGGUGGCGUAUUUGGCAGGAGUGCUGGCAAAAACUCUCCAGGAAAAUCAACCCGAACUGAACAUCACUGACAUGGACAUCCUCUGUGUGCAGAUCGGAGGUCUUUGUCAUGAUCUUGGACAUGGACCAUUUUCUCAUCUGUUUGAUGAAAUGUUUAUUCGGGGAGCAUGUGGAAAUGAAGAUUGGACGCAUGAGGUGGUUUCAGUAAGAAUGUUUGAACACCUGAUGAAUGAGAACGAGCUGAAAUCAGAUCCACCACUACUGGAAGAUGAUCUGAUGUUCAUCAGAGAGCUUAUCCUUGGAAGACCUCUGGAGGAAUUAGGAGAAGGUACCACAGGUUGGCCAUAUAGAGGUCGGACUGAAGAAAAGUCUUUUCUCUAUGAAAUCGUCUCAAACAAGGAAAAUGGCAUUGAUGUGGACAAGUUUGACUACUUUGCCAGGGAUUGCCAUCACCUUGGGAUCAAGAACAACUUUGACCAUAUGCGCUACUUCAAGUUUGCCAGAGUGAUUGAGGUGGGAACAGAGCCGAACAGAAGAAAACACAUCUGCUUAAGGGAAAAGGAGGUGUGGAAUCUCUAUGAACUGUUCCAUACAAGGCUCCUUCUUCACAAACGAGUCUGUCAUCACAAAGUAACCACUAAUGUAGAGAUCAUGAUCACAGAUGCUCUCUUUAAGGCAAAAGACUUCAUCCAGAUUGAAGGAGCAGAUGGAACUCCUCCUGAACAGGUUGACAUGACGGCCUACACCAUGUUGACAGAUCAAAUAACUGAAAGGAUACUGCAGUUCCAUGAUCCAAGGAUGGAACAGUCAAAAACGAUUCUAAAAAGAAUCAUGACUCGGAAAUUGUACCGGUUUCUUGGUGAAGCCAAGAUGAGGCCCAGGCAAGGCAGAAGAAUACCAAGGGAGACAGUUGAAGAUCUGACAGAAGAACUGACACAGGCUCUGCCAGAAGAAGUUCGACAGAAUGGCAAUGAUUUCUUUCGAGUGGAGCUCAUAACCUUUAGCUAUGGCAACGAGGAAGAAGAUCCAAUGAAAUACACUUAUUUCUACAAGAAGAAUGAACCCGAUAGAGGAUUUCUCAUUCCCAGAAAUAAGGUGUCCGACUUCCUCCCUGAGUGUUUUUUGGAACAAAGAAUCAGGGUUUACUGGAAGACGGAAGACGAAGACCUUAUGAACAUAGUUGCCCAAACUUUCCGAACCUGGUGCAACACCAAUGGAUUUGAGAUGGUGAAUUAGAUUGACAUUUACAACUGUCCAUGAGGAUGAAGAAGAUCCAUCUGCACCAGGUACAGAAGACGAAGAAGGAUAACGGUUGCAGAAAAAGUCUUGAAGUGAUGAAACAAAAGAAAUAAAACUAUGAUUUACAUAUGCUUAAAAUGCUGAUUGUUUUAAUGAAUAUUACUAAAAAUGCAUCUAUGACUAAUUUGCCGUGAGACUAAUGAGUGUGCCACCUGUGUGUUAAUAUAUUCAGUUUGAUUUUAUGUUGCCUCUGUUGGAAUAAUCAUUUUUAGGUCUGAUCAUAUAAAGCAGUGGAACAUGUUUAGUGUCUGGUUGACUCAAAAUCAUUUUACUUAUAUUCCGUGAUUUAAAAUGUUUUAUUUUAUAGAUUUUAUUUAGAAGGGAAUUGUGAGAUUAGAUGUGAUUUUAAGAUUAUAAGUGAAAAACUGUAAAAGGUUUACACAAAGCGGUUAAUUUUUUUGUAUCUUUUUAAACAGAUACACUUUGUCACUAAAUAGCUAAACUGAAUUAUUCUUUAUAUUGUUGAUGGUAAGGGGUAAAGGUUUAUUUUAAUCUGUUAUGUUCUGUGUCAUAUUUAAGUUGACUGCAUUCCUCCUUCAGUGUUGGUUUGUCUUGUAUGUUUUCCCCCAGUGCUUGUUGGUUUUUCUAGUUUGUGGUUUUUGCAGCUCCUUUAGUUUUCCCUCUACUCAGGUGAUUUUUUUUUUGUUAUUAAAGACUUUUUUUUUUUUUAACCUGAAACUUAGUUUGGUCCCUGCAUCUGGGUCUCUGACUCCUGAUCUGUGACAUAAUCAGACUACAUAACAGAAACAUAUUGGUUUACGUGGUUAAUUGUAAAAAUGAAGAAUUGGAAAUGGUAAUAAACGUUUUCCUCAAUUUGUGUCUUUGUGAAGUUAUUAAACUUGUUUACACAGAAGAAUAUGAUGUACUGUGAAAUUGUCAUAUGCAUAUUUAUUUAUUUUUUUUUUAAUCAAGGCAAACAGUAGUUGUGCUGUAAGGGUUCAGUAAAGACAACCCAAAACAGUAGCAAAUAUUUAAUCUUUAGGAAAACAAAAAAAUUAUAUCCAACAG